GUUAGUGGUGCAAAUGACAAUCUUCCGACUGAGAAUAGCACUAUCCAGGAAGUUUCUGUGCUUUCGUCUAAAAUGAUGAUGGAUGAAGAGCCUCGAAGAACCUUCUCCCGGAGCGGCUUUAUAUAAGUUUUCCGAGGUUUCUCCGCCCACGGUCUUCCUCUCCACCAGCCCGAUUUCGCCACGCAACAGCACGCGGAGCGACGGGACGGGCCAUGGCGAUCUUCGGCGCGCCACCGGCAGCGCCGCCGUGGAGCUUGCUGAUCUGCGCGCUCGGGGCCCUGGCGGCUCUGCGGUGGGGCUGGCGGGCCAUGGAGCGGUUCUUGCUCCGCCCGCGCAGGCUGGGCCGCGCCCUGCGCGCGCAGGGCCUACCUGGCACGGCGUACAGCUUCCCCUCCGGCGACAUGAAGGAGUUCGGCCGGCUCGCCGCGGCGGCGUGCUCCCGGCCCAUGCCGCCGGCGUCGCACGCCGUCGCUCCCCGAGCGCUUCCCUUCGACCACAGCAUCACCAGGCAGCACGGUAAUGUCGCCGUGACCUGGUUCGGGCCCGAGCCGAGAGUGAUCGUGAACGACCCAAAGCUGAUGCGGGAGAUCCUGGCGAACAAGCACGGCAGCUUCGGGAAGCAAAGGUCGAUUCUUUGGGUAGAGAGGCUGCUGGCCAACGGCCUGACGACCCACCAAGGCGACAAAUGGGUCACGCACCGGAGGAUAAUCAACCAUGCCUUCCAUCUCGAAAAGCUCAAGAGGAUGUUGCCGGCUUUCGCUGCCUGUACCGGUGAGCUGAUACGCAGAUGGGAGGACGCUGUCGGGUCUGAUGGUAUGCAGGAGAUAGAUGUGUGGCCGGAGUUCCAAAAUCUCACGGGUGACGUCAUAUCCCGCGCGGCAUUCGGGAGCAGCUUCAGUGAAGGGAGAAGGAUCUUCCAGUUGCAAUCGGAGCAGGCACAAAAUGCUGUAGAGAUGGCACGCACGAUGCACAUCCCAGCUUACAGGUUCCUACCAACGAAGUUAAAUAAAAGGAUGAAGGCAAAUGCGCGUGAAGUCGAGGGACUUCUGAAAGGCAUAAUCACAAAGAGGGAGAGGGCAAUGAAGGAGGGUCUCAACAACGACGAUCUGCUAGGAUUGCUACUAGAGUCCAACGCUAAAGAAAGCCAGGAAAGCGGGAGCCCCAGGCCAACGAUGACAACAGAAGACAUAAUCGGGGAGCUGAAGCUGUUCUACUUCGCAGGAAUGGAGACAACCGCAGUGCUGCUCACAUGGACAAUGGUGGUUCUGAGCAUGCAUCCUGAGUGGCAAGAUCGUGCAAGGGAGGAGGUUCUUCGCGUCUUUGGGAAGAACCAGCCCGACUCUGAGGGCAUAUAUCAGCUCAAAACUGUUACAAUGAUAUUAAAUGAGGUUCUGAGGUUGUACCCACCUAUACUACUAAUUGGCCGAGAGGCAUACCAAGAGACAGAGCUUGGAGGUAUCAAGUACCCACCUGGAGUUACAUUUGCAUUGCCAAUUGUGUGCAUCCACCACAAUCGAGAAGUCUGGGGAGAUGAUGUUGACGAGUUCAGGCCAGAGAGGUUCGAGGAGGGUGUCUCAAAGGCAUCCAAGGAUGCGCCGGCAUUCUUUCCAUUUGGUUGGGGGCCACGGAUAUGUGUGGGUCAGAACUUCGCGUUACUGGAGGCCAAGAUGGGCUUGACCAUGAUUCUGCAGCACUUCUUGUUCGAGCUCUCUCCAUCUUACACGCAUGCACCAUGUGCAAUCUCCACUCUACAGCCACAGUAUGGGGCGCAAAUUAAGCUCAAGAAACUUUAAUGUUUUUACUAAAAUGACAAGCGAGAUAAUGAAAAUAUCUUAUGAUUGUAAAUUUAUGAUUGUAACUAAAUAAAAUAUUAGAUAAGUUUUAGAUAUGAUCAAGGAACUCUCUAGGCGGCUAUUGAAAUGGCAGAUAUUCAAAUUUCUUAAUAAAAAACAUAUGUGCGUGG